AGUUAAGUGGUUGUAUAGAUAGCUGUCGACGACCCUAAUCUUAUUAUUACACACAAAUCACACAACAAAAGCAAGCUGAUUACUGGGAUGCACAGCCAUGGUCUCGUACAAUGUGCUCUUGUUUUUGCUACUUUCGUGUGCACUGAAUCAAGUUUUCAGUCAAUAUGAACCAACUUGGGACAGCCUUGACAGUCGCCCCUUACCCGACUGGUACGAUAAGUCAAAAAUAGGAAUUUUUCUGCAUUGGGGAGUUUACUCAGUUCCAAGUUUUGGAAGCGAAUGGUUUUGGGAAUUUUGGAAUGAGGGAAAAAUUGAAUAUAUCAAUUUUAUGAAAGAAAACUAUCCACCUGAUUUCACCUAUCAGGAUUUUGCAAAAGGCUUUACGGCCGAAUUUUACGAUCCUGACGAAUGGGCUGACUUGUUUGCCAAAUCUGGGGCGAAAUAUGUUAUCUUGACUAGUAAACAUCACGAAGGCUAUGCUAUGUGGCCUUCAAAGUAUUCAUACAGUUGGAAUGCUAAUGACGUUGGGCCCCAUCGAGAUCUUCUAGGGGACCUUGCUACAGCUAUUAGGAAUAAAACAGACCUCCAUUUCGGGUUGUACCACUCUCUGUUUGAGUGGUUCCAUCCUCUUUAUGACAAUGAUCGGGCAAAUAAUUUCACAACUUCGGAAUUUGUCGACUACAAAAUAAUACCAGAAAUGAAAGAACUAAUUAACACUUAUAAACCGGAAGUUUUAUGGUCGGAUGGAGACGGAGAAGCUACUGAUACGUAUUGGAAGUCAAUGGAGUUUCUCGCUUGGCUUUAUAAUGAAAGUCCUGUGAAAGAUUUUGUCGUGACAAAUGAUAGAUGGGGGAGUAACGUUGACUGCAAACAUGGGGGUUUCUUUACUUGUGCUGACAGAUACAACCCUGGUCAUUUGUUGCCUCACAAGUGGGAAAAUUGCAUGACUGUAGAUAAAAAAUCUUGGGGUUAUCGAAGAAAUGCAGAUCUCGAUGAAAUUCUAACGACACAUGACCUUAUUACCACUCUUGCAGAAACAAUCAGUUGUGGAGGCAAUAUUCUAAUAAAUGUUGGUCCGACCAAAGAAGGAACAAUCAUCCCAAUUUUCCAAGAACGUUUACUAGAUCUUGGAACUUGGUUGUCUGUUAAUGGUGACGCAAUAUACGAAAGCAGUGCAUGGAGUGUUCAAAACGAUACUUUGACUCCUGGAGUGUGGUAUACAGCUAAAGAUCCAGUGGUAUAUGCAAUAGUUUUAGACUGGCCAAAGGAUAAUGUUCUAAAACUGGGAUCAGCAGCUCCUCUGUUUGCUAAGGCUAACACCGAAGUUACUAUUCUUGGAAAUGAAGAUAUCAAGCUUUCAGCUGAAGUAAAAGAUGACCAAGUGACCGUAACUUUCCCUGACAGAGCGUCCACUGUCAGUGAGUGGGCUUGGGUACUCAAAAUUACACCUAGUUCUAAAUAAUUUUUGCGUUGAUGUGACAAUAAAUGUUUAAUAAAUCUUCUUAACAUAAA